UGUACAGCCUCGUUCUUUGAUGCCUCGCCAACUAUACCCGGAAUCAGAUGUCCCUACCACCCAUCGACUAUCAUCAAGUACUUCCCCGUGGAUAUGACAUUUGCCAAAGCAACCUUACAUUGCAAGACGUUCAAUGCAAAGAUCGCAUCUAAGACCUCGUGCGUGCAGGACUUCCUGCGUCCCAGGGGCAGCUUUGCCUGGUUGGCCACCCAACACGGCCAUUUACAGUAUGCGAGUGACGAAAAACUUUAUGAUCUAACAUCUGACCCAGCACCCAAGCACAAGGUUGUGUGUGAACUUGAAUCGGAGAGUAGCUACAUGUGUGAGAAAAGCAGAGCUCACAUUGCUGUGUAUGCCAAUACGGCAACUUUGUCACAGGCGAAGGAGCAGUGCAGGCGCCUAGGCGGACGGUUACCCGCUGGAGGUGAUGAGGUCGACUGCCUAAAUCACGCUUUGACUACAAUGAGGGGAGGUUCUCCAGCCAAGGGAAACAAGCCAUGGGUAGAGAAAUAUGAUGAACAACCACUCAAUGUGGCAUCACCCAGCUACACUUUGCAUGACAGCAAGGAGAGAGCGAAGUGGCAUGUCGCACGACAAAUGCACACUGUGGCAUGUGCUUUCAAUCUGACCUCGUUCUUUGAUGCCUCGCCAACUAUACCCGGAAUCAGAUGUCCCUACCACCCAUCGACUAUCAUCAAGUAUUUCCCCGUGGAUAUGACAUUUGCCAAAGCAACCUUACAUUGCAAGACGUUCAAUGCAAAGAUCGCAUCUAAGACCUCGUGCGUGCAGGACUUCCUGCGUCCCAGGGGCAGCUUUGCCUGGUUGGCCAGCCAACACGGCCAUUUACAGUAUGCGAGUGACGAAAAACUUUAUGAUCUAACAUCUGACCCAGCACCCAAGCACAAGGUUGUGUGUGAACUUGAAUCGGAGAGUAGCUACAUGUGUGAGAAAAGCAGAGCUCACAUUGCUGUGUAUGCCAAUACGGCAACUUUGUCACAGGCGAAGGAGCAGUGCAGGCGCCUAGGCGGACGGUUACCCGCUGGAGGUGAUGAGGUCGACUGCCUAAAUCACGCUUUGACUACAAUGAGGGGAGGUUCUCCAGCCAAGGGAAACAAGCCAUGGGUAGAGAAAUAUGAUGAACAACCACUCAAUGUGGCAUCACCCAGCUACACUUUGCAUGACAGCAAGGAGAGAGCGAAGUGGCAUGUCGCACGACAAAUGCACACUGUGGCAUGUGCUUUCAAUCUGAGUAAGUCAACCACAUGUGUUCAUCAGAAUUUCUCGUUUUAGCAGUUGUAGAUUUGU